CAAGAACAGAAAGCACACGGCGCCUGGGGGGUGAGAAGGCUGGCGACUCAGUCAGCUGGGAACUGCAACGUUAGUGGGAAAUGGUUGGCUGUCGCAUCACGGUGGCCGCCCAGUGGGUUUCUUGGUUGGGGGCCUCAUGGCCAAUUGUUCCUGGUGACCUGGGCUGGUGGGAGCGGCGCGCGUUCUUGUGCGUGAUUUUCAAUUUCGUCACAGUAAUGGGAAUGACGUUUGAUUUUCGCGAUUUCUUUCGAGUUUAUUUUUUCUUGUCCUGUCAUUCUUGUAUUUUGAGUCUGCUUGUUGCACUUCUCUGGUUGGCAUACGGCAGCAGCAUUCGCUUACAGCACUGUACCCCGCUGAAACACACCACCUGUUGCGGAACGGGCCUCCGCCUUUUUUUUUUUUUUUCUUUUUCUCUUUUUUUGCUGUCUCAGCACCCUGUUUUACUGGCUGCGCAUGCUGUAAACGCACCCGUUCUUCACUGCACCCGCUGCUGCCUGGCCCUGGUGUAUGCGGUGUCUCUCUGCCUUGAGAACCAUCCAGCAUUCUUUACUUGCUUUUUUUUUCCUAAUUCGAGCGACUUGCACGUUACUGCAGCCUGCUUCCCUCCUUGUGAACUUUUUGCCAUUUCCGGCGGCGGCGCUAAUCUUCCUUCUCCAACACAACACAGCCCAGCGCUUCGGCCCGUCGUCCUGCCAAAUGCACAGCGGUGCUUGCAACAGUGGCGUUUGUCUUCCUUAAUCAUCUUCACCACCACCGCAACGACCGCCGAAACGCAAUUCACUCUUCCUUUCCUCCCACGACAUAAAUACCGAUAUCCUAAGCUUACUGCGACUACGCCUCUACUUGGUGAAGCAUAAAUCCGUACGAUUAUCCCAUACUCUUGCGCUCCCCCAACCACGACGGCCUCUACAAUCUAGGCGAGGGGUUCCCCUCCCCCUCCCAAUCCGCACCUCACGGCUCUCUGUCCCAGCUUUACAUAAUCUUGCAACCAGCUAGCUUCGCCUUGUCUGUCGUUACAAUCCAGGGACAGCGCUCUGUCCGGCCCCUUUCCAAUGGAUACUGAGCAGUUGACACAGCCAACGCAAAAUGCUGUCGACCCCCGCCGUCUAGGCCAGCAGAACACAGGUUUUCGCGAUGAGGACGUCUCCGACAUAAUAUGCGUCCUCUACCCUCAUUCUAAGUCUGCAAGGCAAGAGGUCCAGCGUAUGGCGUUUUCCAACUCACCGUACGUCAUCGGUAGAGACGAGGCCGACACGUUGGAACCCAACUACAAGACCGAAGACGAUGCCAGCCGAUUCGAAUCCCUCAGCAUGCCUCAAGGCAACUACGCCUUGAUGCUACGGCUAUCGAGCGACCUCAAAAACCCUGCCGCUGGCUUCUCCUUUGGCCGUAAUGUAGCCAGAUGCGAUGUAGUCUUUGGCAACGACCCGAUGCAUAGAGUUAGUAAUGUACACUUCCGCAUCUACGUCAACGAGUAUGGAACCGUCAUGAUACAGGACCAAUCGACAAAUGGCACCUUUGUCGACGACACCCUACUGGCAUCCCGGGGCAAGCCCACCGUUGAGCAGAGGCGGGUUUUGUCGUCGGGUACCAAGAUCAGACUGUGUCUUCAUGAGGUAGAGUACGACAUUACCUUUCGAGUGCGAAUUCCCAUGCGCGACGAACGCUACGAAGCUGCCCACCUUGCUAAAGUCAUGGACUUCUUCACACGGCACAACAUCCCCAGAGAAGACGGCGCAACGGCUGCGCAUCCAGAUCUCUUUGGUGGGCGCCCCAAUGGGCAAACAACGCCUGCUAAGAACGGCGGCUUUGCCCACCCCGGCGACGUGCAAAAUAGAGCUGCUGCUCCGCGCCGGGAAAACACAAGCAUUGUGUCACGCGAGUGGACAGGCUCCGGCAAGUACAACAAGAUCCGGGCCAUCGGCAAGGGUGCAUUUGCGGUGGUGUACAAGGUGACUUCAAAGUAUGACGGAAGACCCUACGCCGCAAAGGAGCUCGAGAAGCGCCGGCUCAUCAAGAACGGAGUCUUGGACCAAAAGGUGGAAAAUGAAAUGAAGAUUAUGCAGCGAAUCAAUCAUCCCAAUAUCGUCAAAUAUAUGGAAAAUUUCGAGUGGGACGAUCGAUUGUUUAUUAUUAUUAUGGAAUACAUCCCUGGGGGCGACCUGGGAAAGCUCAUCCAUGAUACCGGUCCACUGAGCGAACAGGAUGCCAAAAUCUUCUCGGUGCAGCUUCUCAGCGCGCUUGGAUAUCUUCACUCCAACAACAUCACUCAUCGUGAUGUCAAGCCAGACAACAUACUCAUCAGUAAUUCUAACCCAUAUGAAUUCAAACUAACGGAUUUCGGUUUGUCCAAGGUUAUUGAUAGUGAGCAAACCUUUCUCCGAACCUUUUGCGGCACCCUGUUGUACUGUGCUCCGGAAGUGUACAACGAGUUUACCGAAUAUGACGACAAUGGCUACCGCACGCGAGGAAAACAAGUUAGGAAGCAGGUUGGCCAGCGCUAUAGCCAUGCCGUUGAUAUCUGGUCACUAGGAGGAGUCCUUUUCUACUGCAUGACUGGCGCACCGCCAUAUCCUGUUACUGGUGCGGUCAGCUACUCUGCGUUGCUGCAUCGCGUCAUGACCACGCCGCUCAACAUCCUGCCGCUGGAAAAUAAGAAUAUCACUGCGCGAGGUGUAGACUUUAUCACCCGAAUGCUGCAGCGGCGACCGGAAUAUCGUGCUACAGUAUUAAAUCUCCAGGAGCAUGUGUGGCUUAAGGAGUUUGAAGAGGAGGUUCAGAUGUCGCAGUCUUACGAACAGCUGACGGAUGACGAGGAGUAUCCGAAUUCUGCAUUGCAGGACGAUGAGUUCGGCGACCAUGUCAGCGAAUCCUUGGGGGAAGACUCAGAUCAUGAAAACAACACAAUGACCAGGGCUGUGGCUCCCAAGCCUCGCCUAUUUGGAGAAGUAGGCUCGUCAGCCAUCGGAAGCUCUGGUGCCAUACCCUCCUCCUAUCUGAACCUUCCUAUUGACGAUCCCAGCAUGGGCGAAACGGAGAUUCUGGAUGAAGUGAUGGAAGAUGAGGCUUACAACUCCUCUGAUUCGGCCGAAGUAUCGCGGCCUCCCCGUCACUUUUUGAAUCAGCAAGAGCCCUCCAUGUAUCAACGCCAAUCUAUGGAUCAGCUGGCAAGCCUGGUAGAAGAAGUUGCUUCACAGAGUCUAGGCAAUGGGGCAGCCCCUAAGCCGGAGCUGGUUGACCCUAGUGCUUCCAUGGCAUCGAUUUUCUCGCUUGACCCUAAUACUAGCAAGCGCAAACCGCCCUCGCAAGAUAAUAGUGAGGAGUGGGACGAAAACACACCACCAGGAAACCCAAUGAUCAAAAGGCUCAAGUCCGAAACCAACAUGGAGGGAACAGUAUCGGAUGAGAUGAUUGAGGAGUAUAAGCUUAUGAGCACCGUUCCUGAAAUCAGACGCCUGUCUACAGGCCGUCAGAUGGAUGCACCGCUCAAGAAGACCCAAUUCUGGACUGGCGACAGUUCUACAUGGCACCUCGACUACCCGGAAUUUACUCUUUUGCAGUACAACGUUUUUAAACAGGCAGCACAAGACAGAGGCGAAGAGUUUGAAAACACAAACUCACCUCUGUGGGGGCUGGCCAUGAAGUACUUCCCUCCUACUACUGUGGCUCAAAAACAGGAGCUUGCUCGCUCCCCUGGACGUGUCGUGCCUGUCGUUAGCUCAUCUCGACCUAUCAAGACCGAACCGACAUCAACUGCAGGAAGCGCAUUUUCUAUACCCAUCCAAGAGCCAAGAGGUCUCCCUAUUCUUACACAUGAGACCCAAGGCAAACGUGAGCUUGCAGUAAUCGAGUCCAAUGAUGGGUCGUCCAUCAAGGACGUUACCAUGACCAUCACAGAUUCCUUUAUCUCCUUUGGCCGUGGGCCCGAAAAUACGUGCAAAUAUCAUAAUAAGAUGGAAGCGCAGGUCCCCAAGUAUGCAUUCAAGAUUAUGCUGUGGAAGGAAGGUUUCAACCCAGCAGCAAACUUCAGCAAGACGCCAGGACCAUGGCAAACAGAAGGCCCUAUUGACGCCGAGUCCUACCACUUCUGGAUCUCAACAAAGGCCACCAGAGGCAUUAUGAUUAACGGCGCCAACCUGCCGUCUUAUAAUAGCACCAGCCCCGGAAGCUCCUCUCGCUAUUGGACCAAGAUUUACAACAACGAUGUCAUCUGCAUUUCUGGCAGACCUAGUGACCCUCUCCAGAACCGUGCCAUCUUUAAGUGCACAUGGGGAGGCUCAAGUCGCUCUCGCUCCGAAGUACCGGGAUUAGACCGCACCAGUCUCCAGCUAGCGACGGCUGAAGAGGCCAAGAAUCUGGACAUGUGCUGCAUAAACAUAGCAGAACGCAGAGCGCAACAGGAAAAGAAGCUCCAGAGAGAACGAGAGGCCGAGGUGGACACCACCCUUCGCCAAAGCAUUGCCCACAUCGAAAGAGCGCGCAGUGACGCCUUUCAAAAGAAGCGCCUGGAGGCUAUCAAGUUUCUUAACGAAAGACAGCCACUUGCAACCAGGAAAUCAUCGACAGGGAGACGGUUGACUGUUAGUGAACCGCCGACUCAGUAUCGCCACUGAGACUUCUGAUUGCCUAGUGCUAUACAUCUUGUAGACAGAUGAGAUGUCGUUGAUACCCGAAUCCCCAAAAGCUGCUUUCUAUGCAUUUUGUUUUUAUUACAGCAAACAUAUAGUUAUGGCUGUUGUUUAUUGGAUUUGUAAGCGCAUGGUUGGUUAUGUUUACACCUGGUGCUGCUAGUCACAAGGCUGUUCUGCCCAUUCUUACGAAGCAUAUUGCAUAUAAAUAAAAUAGAAUCAAUCAUUGCACAAAACAAACCACCUUAAACC